CUUGUCUCCGCAGCGACGUGCGUCCAGAGAGCAGGUAGAAUUUCGUUUUUCACCGCUGUUUCCGUGGCGACGUUUUUCCAAACCGCAAAUGGGAUUUCGUUUUUCACGGAAUCCGUGGAAAGUUAUCGGGAGAUGGUCAAUUUCUACCGCCAUUCCGAUUCCAAGGGAAACCUAAGGUUACCUGUGAUCUACGAUCUCGAUGGCAAACGGUGUACUGAGCUGGUCGAAGUGGCCGCGCAGGCACAUGAAAAAGCGGGCCACCACGAGAAAGCGAGUGAAGGACGGUCACAAGAAGCAGAACAAGCGGAAGACCAAGACCCUGGUAAUGCAAAUAGUGGAAGGGGCAUCAAUGGAGAAACUAAUAAAAGUUAUAGACGUGAGCGUGACAACACGGAACCGGGAGAUGAAAACUACAACACAACUGCGGAUGAAGUAGAUGCUAAAAGCGGUCGUUUGGACAUUCGGGAAUGCGAGUGGAAAUGCUACGUGAAUCAGCAGUGUGACGCAUGGCAAUAUCACAAUGUCUCAAAGGC